GAUUGACUUGCAGCAGCCUCCAGCCUUUGACCAGACCGCGCGAGGAUCAAGCAUCAGGGCAGGCCAUCUGGUCUGAGCAACGGGGCCUGCAUGAGCUUCGUCGACAAGCCUCAGCAUGAGUGGCGGUGGAAUUGCACGAUUGCCCACGGAACUCGUCGAAAGAAUCCUCAGCUUCGUCGAGCCGGGACACCACGAGCGAGAAGUCGACAUCGCGCAAAGAAGGCAUCUGAGUGUCGAGAGUUUUGAGCCCGCACCCGCACCAUCUCGCGGUUCAGUAGCAGACGUCGGCAGAUUUCGCAGUGUUUGCAAAAGGUUUGCGCAGAUUGGUGAACCAUUACUCUUCACCCGGGUGGCGAUCAGAUUUUCCGAGGAUGGUCUCAAACGGUUAGAGCAGCUGGCGGAAUGGAGCCAUCUUGCAGCUCAGGUCAGACGAUUCACAUAUCUGGUGCCCUACUUCUACGAAGAUGAUGCACAUGAUUUAGACAGCCUGACAGAAGAGCUGCAGCAGUUCGGUCUCGGCAAAUCUGAGAUCGGAAAUUUACGUCGAAAGGAAACCGAGCAGAGAACUAUUUGCACCAGGAAAGACGAUGUCCGAAUUCUCAAACGUGCAAUUGCAAGCUUCACAAGACUUGAGCUUGUACAACUCUUGCGAGUGUCAGACAGAGAAGAUGGCAUCGUGUUGAACUAUCUCCGAAGACACGAGGACGCCAGACGGAGGCUGAACCUUAGCUGGAAUGCUGCAUGCUCUCAUGCAUCACGGACCAUAAUCACAGCUUUGCUCACGUCGAACGAGGUGCCAUGGUCAAGGUUCAGUCUGCCGAUCCUGAGUCCGGACAGCGCACGGUUUUUGAGGCUCCAAGUACCAAACUCUGUCUCAACCUUGGCAGAGCGACUUGAGGUGCUCACUCUACACUUUGACGACAAUGAAGAUCUCGAUGCCAAGAUUCAGGAAUUGUCAGUCGUGUUCAAGGAAGUGUUCACGAAAGCACGGAAUAUGAAGGCUGUCCACGUUGGAUUUCCUUCACACAGGCCACUUACGUUGCCGCUCGAAAGCAUUUUCCAUUAUGUGAAAUGGGAGAAGCUGGUGGCUUUCGGAGUACAAGGCUGGGAACUGGACGAGUCUGAGAUCAUUGGAUUGGCAAAACGACAUCCUAACCUGAAAGGUCUGAGAUUACGAGACGUGCAUCUCAAACAAGGCAGCUUAUGGAAAGACAUCCUGGGCUUUUUACGAUCAGACAUGCUGGCGCUGCAAUGGGUCAGCCUAAGGCGAAUAGGUUACACCGCUUACUAUCAUUCGCAACAAUUCACGCAGGAUCUCGGUACCGAACUGCCCGACUUUCCCCUAGCAGACCUUGAGAGCAGCAGCGACGAGGAUACGGAUGACGAAGACGUUCCACCUAUGGCAGGCCCAAGCAAUACCGACCAAACGGAUUCUGACGACUCAACAGAAUCGCAAUUCGACGAGGACAGUGAUCUAGACUCAGACGACGAACAUGGACCCGAAGCGCAUGAAGUCGACUUUCCUGCUCUACAUUCCCCGGAUACUCCAGGUUCCGCUCCAUGGUGCACAUGUAGCGGUGGCGGUGGUCGUCUGGAAUCUGCCGACCAGCUUGACGACGACGGCUUGAGAGUGGAUAACACAAAGCGCAAGUACUGGGAAAAGUGGGUGCUCAGAAGAUGCCCAGAACAUGGGGAAAGAUGAGGGAAUGUUCCGCGAGAUGUAAAUGAAAUAGUGAUGAAGGCACAUUAGUGGGAGGUGAUGAGAGAGAUAUUGGGAAUG